AUGGAAACCCUCAAGGCAGUCUUCUUUGGGCCUGAUCCUCAGACACAGAUGAGAAAAUGUAAUCAACUUAUUCGCGCAAACACUCGUCAAUUAGAUCGUGACAUCGCACAACUGAAGACCCUUGAUAGCAAAACACGACAGUACAUUGUGAAUGCUUCGCGACGAGCCCAGCGGAAUCCAUCGCAGGCCAAGCAGGCCUCUACGGAAACCAAGACGUUCGCGCGAGAGCUCGUCCGAAUCCGCAAACAAUCUGCCCGUUUGACCACAAGCCGAGCCCAGCUCCAGAGCGUGCAAAUGCAAGUAAACGAAGCCUUUUCCGUACGCAAAAUCCAAGGAAGUCUCAAAAAGUCGACCGGUAUCAUGAAAGAUGUAAAUACGCUGGUUCGGCUGCCAGAAUUGACGGGUACGAUGCACCAGCUUUCAGCAGAGUUAGUGAGGGCCGGGAUUAUCGAAGAAAUGGUCGGGGAUGCAAUCCCCGAUAAUGAGCUACUAGAGGACGAGGAAGAGGAGGCAGACGCAGAGGUCGACAAGGUCUUGCAAGAGGUGCUACACGGAAGGCUCUCCCAAGUCGAGGGUGUCAAGCCAGAGAAGCCUCUGGAAGAGGAACCGGUCGCUGCAGAGGAGUUCGAGGAUGAAGGAGAGACGCUCAACCAGAUGAGAGAACGUUUAGAAGUGUUGAGGAGCUGA